CCGAGGCCCAAACAAACCUUCGUACACGAAUGUAGCCGUUCACCAUGAAUGGCGGUUUUCUGCGCAUUGGUGUGGUGUUUUGACAGCGACAAUGAUUUCAGUGAGCUAUAUUCUGCUGUGCGGACAGUUCCUGCUGCUGCUGACCGUGAUUCUGCUUCAAUGUCUGGAAGGAAUUCACUCCCAAAACUCGUCGACAACGGAGAGCCCUGUCGCUUCUCCUAGCCAGGGAGCUACCGCAUUCCCGUUCAGCGAGCAGCCGGUGGAAAGUACGAAUGAUACGGAGAGGUUUGAGUAUAGACCCCCGUCACCAGUCGUCCUCUGCAGCUAUCUCCCAGAGGAGUUCAUCUACUGUCAAGACCCUGUGGAUCAUGCAGGCAACCACACUGCCCUUCAGGAGAUGGGCCAUGGUUGUGUCGGGUGGGGUGGCCAGACUCAGAAAGAAGUGAACCACACACUUGUUAUUUGCACUGCACUCGAUGAUAUAGAGUGCGCCGGAGCCAGAGAGUUCCUCAGAGGAAACGUACCCUGCAUCAAAUACACUGGACACUAUUUCAUCACCACGCUGCUGUACUCCUUCUUCCUGGGUUGCUUUGGGGUUGAUCGUUUCUGCCUGGGCCACACAGGCACCGCCGUUGGGAAGCUGCUCACCCUGGGAGGCCUGGGAAUCUGGUGGUUUGUGGACUUGAUCCUGCUCAUCACUGGUGGCCUGAUGCCCAGCGAUUACAGCAACUGGUGUACCUACUACUGAGGGACCACCAGCACUGUGUGACUAAGGACUCUGGCCACUUCUCAGUUAGAUUUAAUCAGUUGAAAAAUAUUCCAGGGAUGCGGCCUCAGCCUGCUGUGGUUGUGUAUAAGGGGGCUGACUUGCUCUUAAGGGGAUUUACAGCUCUGCUGUGCAAAGUGGAGUCCAAGGACCUCCUGAGGAUUCCUUCAGGGUUCCUCAGGGCUCCUGAGAAAAAUGAAGAAUAAUAUGAUUUCUUUUUUCUCUCUUGCCACUUUGAAAAUGUAUAAGAAUUACUGUGGUGUUCACAGCUUUCAAGGUAGAGACAGGGAUGACAGUUGUUUUUUUUUCUACCAAAUUGUCGACCAAGGUCACUUUCACGGACCACAGAAAAAAUGAUAUAUGUUGUUACCUUUUAGUUCUGCUCUGUUUGGUUUCCUCACACUGAUUUAUUGCAAACAAACCAACAUAUCAGCAUAAGGCCUGUGGACUGACAGGUAACUGACUGUGUGGAUUAAUGUCAUCCUGCAUCGUCAGUGCUACAUUGACCCACAUGGGAAAAUGAAAUUCUGGAAAAUGACAGUACAUCUUAUGUUUGCAUCCACUGUGUGUGGCCGCUACUCACUUCCUGAUGAGCAGCUGCCAGAGUACACAGAGUAGGACACAAGCACAAUACACCUCUCCUUCAGCUAAUGUAAAAAUCCAUAAAACCAUGAAACUACAAACCAGCGGCACCAGAGUUUGCUGUGAAGCCGGCAGAGACCAUCUGAGAAGGAGGCUGUCGUCUGGUUGUUUGCACCAGAAAGUUCCAAAUCUGUUUAGUUAGGUUUAACUAAUUCAAGUGUGUUUGCUUAUUGGGGUUGUUUUAUUUAGGCUACUGCGAAGGCUGAUGGACCAAGCAUCUGGACUGAGGUCCCCCUUCCACCGUGGACUCUGGGUCAGUUAUAGUUAGUUAUAACAGUAAUACUAAAAAUCUUUGUGACGCUAAAGAACAGUUGAACACAUACAGUUCAGUAAAGUGCUCCAUGAUUUACUGUCAGUUUUCCCCAUGUGGGUCCGUGUAGUGCUGGUGAUGCAGGAUGAAACUGUCCAAUCAGUGAGUUAACUGUCAGUCCAUGUGACUUCAUGACUGACUCCUCUAAGGUUGUUGUAGAUUUCACAUCCUGGACAUUCUGGGUUUGACUAAUGGUAAAAAAAAACAACAACAACUCAGUGUUGAUACACCACAGUUUCUGUUUCUACAGAAAACUCCAACGCAUCUUAUUUCAGAUUGUUCACACACUGUAGAAGUGAUGUAACCUACUUGACUGUUGCUGUUCACAUAACGUGGUUUGUUUCAUGUUGGCCAAGAAUCCCCUGUUACAAGUUCAACUUUGAGCAGCGAACUUAGCACUGUUCUGCCAUCUCCUGAGGGCAGCAGCAUCCUACACUGACUUAUCAUCACUUCUCCCCUUCUUCCAAUUACCAAAUAGUCCAGCUUUGACCCUGCACCGUCCUCGUCUGCUGGAGGCGAUCUGAGUGCUGGAUUUUCUCUUCUGCUUUAACGUGUUCCAACUGUACCUAGACUGAUUAGCAUUACAGCCUAAAGCCCAUAGGAACACAGGACUGAAGGUGGAUAGUGGUCACAUAAGUCACAGUGACGAGGUGGUGAUUUAGUAGUUUUCAGUAUUGACUGGAGGAGUGUUGUGAGACAGGGCGAGCAGUAAAUUCCUUUACCCCAGAAAAAAAAAAA